CGGGGGCUCUUAGAAAAACCAGAGCCAGAGAUGCCGCACAGAUUUUAUCAGUUUAUCAGACUCUAAAAAGGAGAGAGACGCACAUUUCACAUUGCUUAUAUUCUUAAAAAAAAGACAUAACAUUUUUGAGUUUCAACGUCUUUUUAUACCUUUGCAAAGACCGACUUGUAUUGGCUUUGUAAGACACUCAGCUCAACCAUUAUAGGGAAGUUUAUAAUUACAACUUCAGGUUAGCCAACCAUUAGUGUGCGGUUUGACAAAUAGCCCAAAUAGUGGCGUUUAAAAGAUCGAGUGGGUGGAUUGGAAGGAAAAAACACGGUAAGGUAACACCAUCGUUGAUUUUUAUUAUUAUUUUCAUUACUUGAUAUUAAGCUUGUGAAAAAAACAGCACGCUGGCUUAGAUAAUUGAAAAUUACAUAGAAUGUUGGUUUAAGACACAUUUUGACUUGAUUCUAUGGAGAAAUACUGGUGUGUUUGUAUGUGGAUAGAGUAACGAGCAUUGGUUUUCCUCCCUCAUCGCCUCUUUAUCUAUAACUAUUAUGGUAAAAAAACGGCUGUAUUUUCAGGAACAUUCUCACGAGAACACAUCCUUUACCGGCGCUAUUUCAAGCACACAAUUCCUUCGGCAUAUUAUGUAUACUAAAUAACACUACAAGCGAUUAGCAGUGUAUCUGAGAAUUCUCUUCAUAACACGUGAUCAACAUUUUGACCAAUCAUCAAGAACCAGUCAUCAAAUUUAAGUGUGUCGCCCUUAUUAUACCAAAGAUACGACUGCGACUGCUCUGCGACUGGAAAAAAGCUUAUUCUCUCAGCAGUCCAGACUUAUUUCGUAACAAGACAUUUAAAAUUAUAUGUCAUCAUUUUAUUGCAGCUAUUACGAAAUAUCAAAAUAUACUUAUGGGGACUAAAGAGCGUUAGAGUAUUAAGAAUAUAAACCUUAUUUGUCAUUCAAACUUUCCCCUUCUUUCAUCCCCUGCGUCUUGUAACACGUUUGCGAACCACUAUCUUUAUUCAAAUCAUCAUAUUUGUGCGAUAACAGGCUCGGUGCGAGUUGUUUAUGCGAGGUAUAAUUGAAGAGUGCUUGAUCCUCGGGGCAAUGUUCCGUUACGAUUACAAUCAUCUAUAUGUUAUUUGCGGCCACAUAAUCAUCAGAAACAAGGCUAAAUAUGUGUUCGUGAGAAACUCCUUUUUUUUCUAAAAGCUUUGCGCGGCGGUUGUGUAUGAUGAGGACAAAAAUUAAACGCUAACGCUCUAUGAUGACAUUACGAAUGUUGCGGCUCACUUUGGUUACCUGCUAGAUGUAAAAAAGCUAAAAGCUCACAACAUCUCAUUACCAAGGAGACGAAAGACUAAUGGAUAAAAUAAUUUUUUGAAUGCGUCUUAUAAUUACAUUAUAUUUUUUUUGCUUACGGUUCUUUAAGUCAAAAAGUGACAACCCUAGUAAAAGCGUGCGUAGGUAACUCUUUCCGACUCUAUUUGGCUUCAGAAGAUUACCCUAAUACUUUGUGUAAAUGUGAUCAGUCGGAAGACGAUCAUAGAAACACCAAUAUUCCCUCAGGAGCCGAACACCGGCAAAAAGGUACUUGCUAAAUUGCUUAGGAACUAACCUGAUUUAAGUUUGCAAGCGCCGUUAAAUUAUUUAACUUCAGCUGUAGGCUAAACGUUUUAAAAAGCCGAUAAAUAUGAUUCACUUUUCUCUGGUUUUAGGGCAGCAAAAUCCCCAAAAUACUGAUUUCGCGAGAGAAAAUUCAAACUGUGCAGAUAUGAAUAAUAAGAAUUUUGGUCUAAUGGACUAGGAGAUACGCUGAUAUGGAGCAAUUCCUUCCAAUCAGAUGCACCAUCUAUAUCCUUGUCUUCUAUCGGCUUUAAUGAGUCACGAGGGAAGUGCCUUAAAGCGGAAAAAAGUUUGCUAUCUCACUGGUUUUUCGAAACAAUAACUGCCCAGGAGAGCUAGACUCAUGUUUAAUGGUAACGUCUCUCGCCUUCGUACUCAGAAUACGCCGGCUCUUACGCUCUAUCGUGGGCUUUUUGUUAGGGUAAUGACACUUAUAAUAAGUAUUUCUAUAUUAUUUCUAAGCUGCUAGAUACGAUUACGCACUGUCAGACACUAUCAAGGAAAGAUUAUUUUGGGAGUUGUCAAAAGUUUGGCGUUUCUCGACAUACACCUGCAAGAGAAUCUUAAUUGGAACGCAUGCUUGAUGUCAAACCAAGAGUAGUAGAAAACGAUCUUCACCACAGCGUACCAUUAAUAACAAGCCCCAACUGAACCAAUCAGCGAGGGCUUCGCGCGCAAUCAACCAAUUAAAAGGUGUAUUUGAAGAAGAGGUUCCGUGGCUCAAAUGUUCAAAGGUUCGUUGUAACAGGUGAUAGCGUCCAGUGACGAGUCUCACGCGGCUCCCUCGGAUUAUCUGAAGGACGGUUUGUGUGAGUCAUAUAGCCUUCAAGGAAGUCCCUGUCAACCUACAUAUAAUGCUAAAGCUUUAGUUUAUCUAAAAGGGGAUUUACAAAUUAGGCUUCUUCGUAUCUUAUUACGUGUGUUGAUUGAGCAUCUGAUACACACACUGGGUCUGGUGUUAUGAUGCAUUAAUCAAGCAGUGGAUUUACCUGUAAUAUUUAAGUUCUUUGUUUACUGUUCACGUAAUGGCGAAGUCACUGUUGGACUACCUUCAUCUCUCCUUCCUUCUGAGUCUUCUGCUGUUGAUUAUCGGGGGGAAUCUUUUGGUGAUCUUCGCGUUUCGUUCAAAUCCUCGUCUACGCACGUCGACGUACAAAUUUCUCGUAAGCCUUGCCGUUUCGGAUCUUCUCGUGGGAAGUGUCUCGCUUCCAUUGUGGAUUUACUUCUCGUUCUCUUAUCACGCUUAUUUCCCCUACCCGGCAUUAGUGAAUUUCUAUGGCUUGUUUGAUAUAUUCAGCGCACUUGCAUCAAUCUUCCAUUUGACAGCGGUGACCUUCGAACGCUGGAUUGCCAUUUGUAGACCGUUUUACUACACGACACUGACUCGACGUUUCUACCUCGUCUCCAUCGCUCUUGCAUGGCUCAUGGCUUUAGUGAUUUCUGCGCUUUGGCCUGGUUAUUACAUCAAAGGUAAAGAUGGAUUCAUGGGAUUGCAAGUCUACUCCGUGUUCCUAAUAGUAUCCGGUUUGUUUGCGCCCGCAGUGGUUAUAACUAUUGUAAACGUAAGUAUCUUCCGCGUCGCUAAGUCCCUUGUACGUAAUGUGCCGAGACCUCGCCAGGAAUGCUCCAACGGACUCCUUGAAAUCCGGAGAAACAUCAAAAGAGAGACAAAAACAGCGCUGACACUUGUAGUAAUCACUGCACUGUUUUGUAUCUCGUGGAUGCCUUUCUUUUUCAUGAAUCUCAUUUCGCCAUUCUGCAACGCCUCGUGUAACCAGGUGCUACUGAGUCCGACUUUCCUGACGUUCGUCAAGUGGCUGCACUAUAGCAACAGUGCUUCUAACCCGUUAGUAUACACACUCAGGGACUCUGAGAUACGACACACGUUUGCAAGUUUUGCGCGUAGAAUUUGCUGGCUUGGCUUACGUCGCCCGGCAAGGGAGGAAGAGAUGGCUAUGAGUACGGCGGGUAACUGUGAGUCUACACAGGCUUCGUAGGACGCCGCAGGGGAAACACUGAGUCUCCACAGGCUUCGUAGGACGAUAUGACGGGUAAUGCUAUGUCUCCACAGACUACGUAGGACGAUAUGACGGGUAAUGCUAUGUCUCCACAGACUACGUAGGACGCCAUGGGGGUAUCGCGGAGUCUUCAAACGCUAAGUCUUCGAAGGCUACGUAGGACGCUAUAGGGGCGUAACGCUAAGUCUACGAAGGAUACGUAGCACGGUAUGGGGGUAACGCUGAGUCUACAGGCUACAUAGGACGCCAUGGCGGGCAACGCUUAGUCUUCGCAAGCUACGUAGACAUAAGAGGGCCCCAACGCUUAGUCUUCGCAAGCUACGUAGACAUAAGAGGGCCCCAACGCUUAGUCUUCGCAAGCUACGUAGACAUAAGAGGGCCCCAACGCUUAGUCUUCGCAAGCUACGUAGACAUAAGAGGGCCCCAACGCUAAGUCUUCGCAAGCUACGUAGACAUAAGAGGGCCCCAACGCUAAGUCUUCGCAGGCUACGUAGACAUAAGAGGGCCCCAACGCUUAGUCUUCGCAAGCUACGUAGACAUAAGAGGGCCCCAACGCUUAGUCUUCGCAGGCUACGUAGACAUAAGAGGGCCCCAACGCUAAGUCUUCGCAGGCUUCGUAGACAUAAAAGGGCCCCAACGCUUAGUCUUCGCAGGCUACGUAGACAUAAGAGGGCCCCAACGCUUAGUCUUCGCAGGCUACGUAGACAUAAGAGGGCCCCAACGCUAAGUCUUUGCAGGCUUCGUAGACAUAAAAGGGCCCCAACGCUUAGUCUUCGCAGGCUUCGUAGACAUAAAAGGGCCCCAACGCUUAGUCUUCGCAGGCUACGUAGACAUAAGAGGGCCCCAACGCUAAGUCUUCGCAGGCUACGUAGACAUAAGAGGGCCCCAACGCUUAGUCUUUGCAGGCUACGUAAACAUAAGAGGGCCCCAACGCUUAGUCUUCGCAGGCUACGUAGACAUAAGAGGGCCCCAACGCUAAGUCUUCGCAGGCUUCGUAGACAUAAAAGGGCCCCA